AUGGAAUACUUCGAUUUCGAUGAGGCCUCAUACGGGUCUUAUGCCCGCGACGAUGAUGUGGCUUCGGACCAUCGCGAAUUCGAUGACAAUGACGAUGCUGUCGCCAAUCAUGAACUGCUCUCCCUCGAGCAACCUCUGGAAUUCUCCAAUGACCCGCCGGAGCAGCCACUUCCUGAUUGCAGCCGGAGGGAUCCCAUCGACCCGGUGAUAGACAACCGCGUCUAUCCCAUGUUUCGCGCCAAAGACCCCUGUGAUUUCUGUCGCCAUAUGGGCCUGGACUGUUUCGUCGCGAAGAGCGGCGUCAUGCAAAACAGUGGCUGUACUUGCUGUAUCACGCUUUAUCGAGAGUGCAGCUUCACCCAUGCCAAGGCCCCCGGCAAAUUCCUGAGCACUUUCCCUCCAAUCAAUGAGAAUGUCGACAUCCCCAUUGGCGGUCUGACCGGCAAGAAGGCUCUCAAGUCGCUGACGGGAAUGGCGACGCCAGAAGAGCUCGAGGCUCGGUCGAGGAAGAGCACUUCGCGACUCUCCCGUGAGGCGGUUCGCAUCCUCAAGACCUGGCUUCAGGAGCAUCACGAACAUCCCUACCCCAACGAUCAGGAGAAGGAUGAUUUGAAGCAACGGACUGGCCUCAAACGCACCCAAAUCUCCAAUUGGCUUGCCAAUGCCCGGCGACGCGGCAAGGUGCGGCCUCCACCACGGAGUGGUUCUCCGGUUCCCGGCGCCAUUGAUGUUCCCGGACAGUCACACCUCAACAUGGCUAUGAUGACUCCGCUGGAACGUUGGAAGCACUCUCCCCCAGAAAACGAACCUGCUGCGACCUCGGAUAUUUCUGCGAGCCCUGGUGAAUACGCCUCUGGACCCAUCGCAACGAUCGUCCCAGUCUGGUCACGGUCCUUUGGUUCAAUGGAACGAAAGGAACGCCGUCGCCGUCGCAAAGCAUCCGCCCCCGUCAACACCUUCAAUCAACACAAGGCCCGUGGGUCACGGAUCUUCCAGUGUACCUUCUGUGCCGACUCAUUCCAGACCAAGUAUGACUGGCAGCGGCACGAGAAGUCAUUGCACUUGGCCUUGGAGAAGUGGACCUGCUCCCCCCAUGGAGGUGUAAUCAUUGUUGACAACGUACGGCGUUGUGUCUUCUGUAUGGCCGCUGAUCCAGAUCACGAUCACCUGGAGACGCACAAUUACAGCAGCUGCCAGGAGAAGUCGCUCACCGAGCGCAGCUUCUAUCGGAAAGAUCAUCUCAAUCAACACCUGCGGUUGAUGCACAAUGUGAGGUUCCACCCCACCAUGGACAAAUGGCGCAGUAACAUCUGCGAGAUAAGAUCUCGCUGUGGAUUCUGUGGGACCGUCCUUACCACGUGGAAGGAUCGAACCGAUCACUUGGCGUCCCAUUUCAAGAGUGGUGCGGACAUGGCACAGUGGCACGGUGACUGGGGUUUCGAACCAGAAGUUCAGAGUCUGGUCGAGAAUGCCAUGCCUCCGUAUCUCAUUGGCCAUGAACACACCGUGUUGGAUCCGUUUAAGACAUCCGUCGAUUUGGCCAACCCUGAAGAUGUCAAUUGUUUUCAUCGUCUUCAAGUUCAACUUACUUCCUAUAUUCAUAAUCAGAUGGCGGCCGGUGUCUUCCCCACGGAUCAGAUGAUCCAGAAUGAGGCACGACAGGUGAUUUAUGGAAGUGACGACCCGUGGAACCAAACCUGCGCCGAUAAUCCCGUCUGGCUUAGCGUUCUGAAGCGGGACGCCGGACUUGAAGCUGUCCCCGGGUCGGAGCAUAUCCAACUCGAGAACUUGGGUAUGCGACCGCCAUUUGCUGCCCAUGACGGGCUGCGACAACCGCCUGUCGAGACCAACCCUUCCGCAAGAAGUGUAUGUCGCCGAUACCCCCUGAACUCUGGCUAUUCCAGCCCCAGCAUCCACAGUCCCGCAUUCCCCGCAACUGGUCGGUCAUCUGCCGUCCCAAGCAUGCCGGGAAGCUCUACCGGUAGCUUUGCCGGUAGUACGGGGAUGUUAGCUCGUGCCCCCAACUCCGGCUUAUCGACGGAUUGGGGCAGCAGUGUUUCGGCUGGGGUCUCGUCUUUCUCAACCCCGGGUGGAUCUGUGGACCCCUUUGUGCAGAUGGGGUUCGAUCCCGAAUUCCUGCAGCGACUGAGCGACAAUUACGAUAAAUUGGACUUGGGUGACCUGCAGGGGUUGACAUUUGACGGAGGAGGGGGUCAAGGUGGAGGAGGGUUUGAGCCCGGAGCCGAUGAGAGUGUAAUGAGUGAGCCGAUCAAGGCCGCCAUGUUGGACUCGAAUACCGGCACCGCGCCCAUCCCGAUUCCCAGUCCGAAGAACACUGAUACUUUGAUGGCGGAUGCUGGUCUUCCGCGGGAGAUGCACCAUCCCGGAGGGGGAGGUAUUUGA